AUGAACGGCGCCGGCGACGGUCGCCCUAUUCUGUUUCCACUGGUGUCAGCUGAAGAAAUAGUGGCAAACAACGUGUCACUACGUGAAGUCGUGCAGCGAAUCUCGCAAAACCAUUCAGACGGACAACGGCUCACUGCGGAGGAUCUCAUGGAGUACGGACGAGAAGUUGUGGACAGACAGGAGGGAGUGCUCAGCACUUCGGUUGAUCCAGGACUAGGCAUUGGCGUUGGGAGAGGAAUCGGAAGAGGCUCUGGAAGAGGAAUCGGCAGAGGAAUGGUCAGAGGCAUCGGAAGAGGAAUUGGAAGAGGAAUCAGCAGAGGAAUCGGCAGAGGAAUGGUCAGAGGCAUCGGAAGAGGAAUUGGAAGAGGAAUUGGAAGAGGAAUCGGCAGAGGAAUUGGAAGAGGAGAUGGAAAAGGAAUUGAAAGAGGAAUCGGGAGAGGAAACGGAAGAAGCGAGUCAUUACCAGGACAUGGUAUGUGGAAUACGUUAAGUUUGUGUGAUUAUUGCGUUGAUUUUCAGAGAUACCACCGAACAAUGAAGCUGUGAGAGUCACUCAGCAAAGUGAAGUGAAUCCAACUUACCAACUGAAUGUUCCUGCACUAUAUCAGACAAACACCGAACCUGCUCCUCAACCUGCGAACCGUGCAUAUCCAAUUUUCUUUAACGGCUUUCCAAUUUCCAUGCCGCAUCAACAUAACGCGGUUCCCCAACAUCACACAAACAUGAUGUUCUCGGUUCAUUCGAUCACAUCUCUACCGAAGCCGAUCCACACAGUUACGAUACCACCUGGUUUCACAGGACAUCCGGCUCAACUCGGACAAAUGUUUCCUGGAUUGGGUCCAGGAUCAAUUCCAGCUAUGGGACCAGGAAUUAUGAGGGAAUAUGGAGCAGGCACAGCAACUGGAUUGGGAAUAGGUCGAGGAGGCGCUCAGCAAAUCAGAUACGUCAGUCUUGGGAGAGGAAACUCAGCACCAGGACAGCCGGAUCAAAUGAAUGGAAUCGGAAAUGUAAGUGGAUGUCGCUGACGAUAUUUGAAUCCGCCGUUGUUUUUUUUCUGCUAACGUGAUCAUUUCUAGAGCAUAUCCACAUGUUUUUUCUCAAACAAUAGUCUCAAAUAUGCGCUUAUGCUCACUGUACGCUCCGAAAUAACAUUAUUGCUUGUAGGUACUUUCUGAUUUGGCGGAACCCUCCUCAUCUUCCGGAAUCACCCAUGAACUCCAGAUGGAUCAAUAUCCAGAUCUAGCCGGCGGACGAAUCAGACCACAGCAAGUACCAGCCAUCCAGAGCAAUUCUUUGUCUUAUUUCGGGCCACCGCAAACGUCUCAAUUUUCUGUCCAACAAACAACGGAACCAGAAAUUCCGCAAGAUUAUGGCAAGUAGAAAAAUAAUUUAGCAGCUUCGUAAUAUUUUGAACAUUUAGACUCUCUAUGGAGUACACUCCUAUGCGCUGAACAUCGAAUCAUGGAAGCUAUGAGAGCGAAAGAGCAAGAAAUCGAGAAUCUAAACCGAGUUAUUGAAUACGAAACGAAAAAUAUCCAGAAAGAACCGAAAGCUCUCGAGAUUAUAGAAGAAUGCACAAGAAAACUGGCAACCCUGGAUGCAGAAUAUCAAUCACUCAGCGAGCAGGCCAAGGAGAAAGCGGAAGAACGACAUCACGUGGAGGAGUUCAUGAGACAAUCAGAGACAGCAAAAUCUGAAACGCGUCAACAAGAGGAGAGGGAUAUUGAAGCUGCAUCACGAGCCACACAGCAAAUUGUCGAUGAAGUUGCACAAGGAGGAAGCUCGGUUGGCUCAACAAUAGAUCAGAAGGAGCGGAAUAGGAUUCAGAAGGAGCAAGCAAAAUUGCAAAAGCAGAAGGAAAAGGAGAACGCGAAAGCCAGGAGAGCCGCUGAAAGGAUGCUCAAGCGACAACAGAAGAAGCAAGUGAAAGCAGAGGAGAAGCAAGCCGCGGCACUGAAAAGACUCGAAAGAUUCAGCUUCAAAGAGCAUCCAGGUGAAGGAAGUCAACCUCAGGACCCUGCGUUAUUGGAGAACACUGUGAGAGAAUUGCUCGAAAAAUGUCGAUUGGAGCAACAGCUCGAAGAUCAGCAGACGAUGGAAGCUGCUAGUGUAGCUGCCGCCUACAAUCUAAAUCCGCCACAAAAACGAGUCUACAGACGCCGAAAACCUCCUGCCGAGCCUCAAAUUCCCGUGGAAGAAGAAUACAGUGUUUACGAAGAAAGUCCAGCAGAUUACGCCACCUCUUCAAAUGAAUUACUGCUCAAACUCGUGGGAUUAUUGCCUCUGUCGGAAACAGCUUCCGAAGAACUGAUUCAACCACAAGACUCGGCCAAGAGAUUGAAGCCGUUUGGUUAUUUGGACCCACUUUCGAAUAAUAUUAGAAAUAGUCGUCAAGAUGCGGAGAUGAUUGCGAGCACCUCGGAAAACGGAUGCUUCAAAUCCAGCGAUGAUGAAGAGAAAUCUCAACUGCAAUGUGGCAGUUGGAUGUCAACUCAGGAAGCAUUGGCAAGUCAUCAAAACCAAGGCAAGAAUAAUGGAGAUGUGCAAGGGAGUCGCCGUAGAAAGAAUAGAAAUCCACAGCGGGUUAAGCAAGAAGAUCCAGGUAUGCUACAAAUGGAACGUGAACCGAUCAAGCGACCUGAACCUGAGGCUUCAAGUGGGUUACGUUUCUUAAUAGAGAAAAUCGUCAAUGCGACAGCAGAAGACUGUGGACAUCAAGAUUUUGUUGAUUUGACUUUACCACCACAUCACGAAGAAAUUGUGGAGACCUCCGAUUCAUUUGAAGAAAAGCAGCCGUGCACCUCAUCGGCCUGUGAACCUGAUGAUUUCUCCGAAGAAGAAGAGUAUUACGAAAGUGACGAGUAUAUCGACGUCGUAGGUAUCGACACUCCAGUUCGAUCUCCCAAAACGGAAGUGAAAGCGGAGGAAGAGGCAGCAGCAGAAAUCAAAAUCGCGGGUUCGCAAGCAACUUGCGACUUCCAGAAGAGGCAGAAACUUAUCAGUGUGGCCCCGUCUGAAGUGAUUAACAUUAUUGGUUCGUGUUUUCAACAAGAGUAUAAAACUAUCGGGAUAAACGUAAGACAUUUUCUCAUUGCUAAUCAUUUUUUGAAUUUUUGCAGUUCUUCUGCGAGCAGGUUUACUACUGCGGAGUGGAACUUGAAACUUCUCAAUUCGCACAACUCUGCUUUGUGAUGGAUGUCGACUUUCCAAGAGUUGAAUUUAGUUCCUCUAGUAGUACUUACUGCACUAUUCCACUUCAGAACAUUGAGAGUGUUCAUGUGAGUUUCAGAAUCACAUACUGAAUUCUAAAAUUGAAGAAUGUCUGUUACAGAUGGUUCCUCCACUGCAGAUAGAAUUUGAGCCGUGUCUAUUCCUCAAAACUAAAAACUUCGACGCUGAAAUGAUGCAAUUCUCGGAAAAUUUCCGAGACUUUAAGGAAAACGACGAACAACAAUCACAAGAUCUUAAUUAUCCAGAGUUAGUUAUACAGCUAUUAAGAGGCGCUCUCCCAGAAAAUCGACAUAGCCACUACUGGUCAUGGCACGAAAAAUUCAGAUUGAUCCUAAAAUCGGAAAUGCGUGAAAACAACAUUUAGAUGUCUCAAAACGGUCUUAUAAUCAAGAAAACCCAGAUUUUUCAGAAUUUGGAAAAAAAGACUAUGCAAAUUACUCCGAUUUUCACGUAUUUUGGGCUGAAACACUCCGGAGUCAACCCUUUUUUUGUUUGGAAACUAGUCAUGCGGGUGUAAAAUUGUCUGUAGAAUCCGAAUUCAACGUUCUCUUUUUGGAAAAAAGUGCACAUUUUUUCCAGAAAAUCGAGUUUUUUCAAAAAAAAUUUUGAAAACGACCACAAAUCAAUUUUUUCUCUAUGAAUGAGGGGUGCUAAAUUUUUGGUCUCGACAUAAAAUAUGCUCAUAAAGAUGCGAGAAAUCGAAUGGCGUUAAGCCUGAGUCGAUAGGAUUUUUUUGAAAAAAGUUACAGUUUAGAGGUACUUAGAGUCAGUGCUCCGACCAGGGCUCGCAGAGCCGGACCAAAUAUUAUUCUUGGGUGUCAGUGUCAUGAGAGAACCUCAUGGUUAUAAGAUGGGACAAGUAGGAUCAAUCUGAAUUUUUUGUGCCAUCCGCUUUUCUAGUUUUUCAGGAAUCGCCUCUUAAACAAUCAUUAAAAUUUAUUUUUUCAGCGUUUUUGUCUUUGUCCUUCGCAAAAACCCAAGACAUCAAAACACUUGGUGCAAGGUCAAAGUCGAUAAACAAGAAGCGGAAACUAAACACUUCUACGCUUCUUUUGAUGCAGGAUUUGAUCUUAUUAACACUCAUGUACGUCAAAAACAUUACAAUUGCAUUGAUAUCAAUUGUUUUCAGUACGAAGCCAGCUUGCUGGUACAUCCAAAAACUUGUCAUCUGAAAAUAACGUUUGGUAAACCCGACCCAAUAUUUGUAGUCUAUUGUCAAUUUUAAAAAUUCCAGAUUUCCUGACUGACGAGACUUUCUGGGAUUACUGCAAGCACAACAACUUUGUUUGGGUCCGCAUGCUAUUAAACGGGCUUCUUCCUUUCUGGCUUCUGGUUUCACGAUCCAAUAUAAUCUUCUCUUGUACAUCGUCCUAUUUAGAGUACGAUCAAUCCGAAAAGUAUGGUUUAACUGUGUUGAUAACUAUGAUAAUCCUCGUUCUUGUUUUAGUCUUGUAUUCAACCUCAACCCACCCACGCACAUUUUCCGCCCACUACAACAUGAAUAUGACGUAAGUGAGAAAACGUCAAACACUUGAUCAUGAUUUCUGCUUAGUUCAUUUUUUCGAGUACCACUCUAAUAAAUUCAAUUUUCAGGUUUUAACUGGCGAACCGCAAAAGGGAUGUGCUAUGAAAGUGGCCAAACAAGUUAACAGCAAGAUAGAAGACGUUCCGAUCAAUAAUCAAGACGGACGUCUUCCUGACGGGGAGCAUAUCGUGUUCUGCGACGAACUUGAUCAAUCUGAACUUGCUAGAGCAAAGGAAACUAUGGAGGUAAUCGAGGACAUUCGUGCUCCUGCAGUUUUUCUACAUGAACAAGAGGAAAUCGAAGCUAUGGAGUCGAACGCAGAUCCGAUUUCAGUUCCAGAAGAAGUUGCCUACGGAAUUCAGAUGUCAGCUCCUCGAAUUGUCCAAGAACCUGGUACAGCUCGAAAUGUUCGCGCAGAACAGCAACUCAGAGUUAUUGAUGAAGAUGACCUAG